GGGCUGUUGUCAAACCCCAAAAUAACGAGCAAUGAUCGCUAGAUAAUUAUCCAUCCUCCUGAGCUAAAAAAAAAAAGAAGAAGGUUUAACUAGUUAACGACGUGGAUCAAAUUUCAGCAGAUAUCUAACGAAGACUAGUUAGCUUGCUACUGGUAUGCAUUGUUCGAUGCCUUGCUGGUCCUUGUCGACAAUGCAAGACAAUUGAAUGCUAGAUAUUGAUAUCGAAAACAAAACUCACCAUUUUCAAGAAAUUGCAGGCUUGACUCCCGACCAUAGAUCAAUAUCGCUAUUGGUCUCUACGCCGAGUCGUCUCGGUUUGCCUUGUUAACUUGCUACUUAGCUAGCCUAAUCUUGCUGGAUUAUUUUUUGCAAGGUGAUAACUAGCUAUCUAGCGUUCUAACGUUAGCUACAAGCUAGCUAACUUGUUGGUACCGAACUAAGAUAGAAAAUCGAUGUUCCUGGAAAACGAUUAAUAUAGUUGUGAAAAUGUUUCGACUUCAUUUUCAAACCAUGUCCGUUAGUUAACCUAGGCUGAAGGCUGACACUAAUCUAAAUCUACACACAUACUUGUUUUUAACGAUAUCUUUACUUUUUUAAUUUAGGGGGCUAAAUCAGCUUUAAUAUUGCAGAUAGAUUGUAGCUCUAUUUUUGUUGACAGACCGUAAAAAAAAAAAAGUGACACAGGAAGUACAUCACCGGUCGAUGGGGCGGGACUACGGAAGCCCUUUCGUUGCAUAUUACAAAACCAGGAAGAGUAGCAGGAAUGAGCAUCUCUACCUUUUUUUAUUUCAAACGAAAAUAGAUUAUAAUUCACUGCAUGUCCGUCACAUUGUCCACUAUCAAGGUGAUCUCUAAAUACGCUUAAGUUGUUUUUCAACGGGACCAGACGAGCUCUUUCUUAAAUUGUUACCUCAUCAGUUCAACACCAAGGUCACAAGGAAGUUCUGGACUUUUCAACACGUGUUGUUUUUAGACAGUGUUUUUUUUAGGACACUGCACCGUUUGAAUCAUGUCUGGACUCAUAAACUUUGAGGACGAAAAGGAGGUGAAGCAGUAUUUGGAUAACAUAGGUGUGGAAUUCAGCUACCAGUGUUACAGAGAGAAGGACCCUGAAGGGUGUCAAAGGCUUGCUGACUACAUGGAGGGAGUGAAGAAAAACUUUGAGUCUACAGCCCAGGUGCUCAAACACAACUGUGAGACUAAUAAACAUGGUGAAAGCUGCUACAAGCUCGGGGCUUACUAUAUCCAAGGCAAAGGGGGAUUUGCAGAGAAUCUGAAAAUGGCCUACUCCUGCUUCAUGACGGCCUGCAGCAGUGGCGGUAAGAAGUCUGUGGACGCGUGUCACAACGUGGGUCUCCUCGCCCAUGACGGUCGAGCCAUGGAAACCGGCCCUGACCCGGGGGUGGCUAGGCAGUACUAUGACAAGGCAUGUACAGGGGGGUUCGCACCCUCCUGCUUCAACCUUAGUGCCAUGUAUAUCGAGGGCUCCCCGAAGCAGAGUAAGGACAUGGGCCUGGCUCUGAGGUAUGCCACAAGAGCCUGUGAGCUAGGACACGUCUGGGGUUGUGCUAACGCCAGUCGUAUGUAUAAACUGGGGGACGGGGCGGAGAAGGACGAGAAGAAAGCAGAGGAACUUAAGAACAGGGCGAAAGAGCUUCACUUCCAGGAGAAAGAGAGGCAGCUCAAGUUUGGGGAAUGAAGGGGUUGGUCAGAGGGAAGUUGUUUCAAUAAAUCUUUGUUCCAAAGGGGCAAUUUGUUUUGAAUGAUUGUCCAGGGUCAUGUGGUGCUUCCUCUUGGGCUGUGUGUGUAACCUGACAUGCUACAUAGACAUGACUGCUUAGUGCUGGCCAAAGGUUGAAGAAUUCACGUGUGUGUUUUAACCUGUGUGUGGAUGGUUUAUAUGUUGCUUCGUAAUACAUGUACAUGUAUUUUUUUCUCUAUGGGGGACCGACUCUGUCAAUAUGAGAUUGUCCAUCUCGACAUGUACACAUUCUCAGUCCAACACAUCUGCCUGAAAAUUGACAACAACUUGACCUGAUUAAAAUUAGUUCCCGCAAACA